AUGGAGACGACGCUCGUAUUGUCGAUGGUUCUCGCCAGCGUGCAGGGCUUCAAUUUCGAUUUGGAUUUUCCGAUCGUCUUCAGGAACCCCGAGGCGAAUGCGAAGGCCUAUUUCGGUUACGCGGUCGCCAUGUACCCCGGAAACGACCGAGGAGCCAGGCAAUGGAUUAGAAUCGGGGCUCCCAAGGCGAACGAUUCCUCCUAUCGGAAGACGCACGAGCCUGGUUUGGUGUACAAUUGCGAGGUGAUGGUGGAUUGUAAGCCGAUGUCGUUUCCUCAUACCCCCCAUUCAGGUUUGAUAGAAAGGUGGAGGAACGGUUGGAUCGGUGCGACGAUGGACGUGAGCUAUUCAAACGAAAGAUUUGCUGUGUGCGGUUUUCGACAUUUCUUUGAAAAAUAUCGGGAAUACUUGACGAUGGGUGCUUGCUUUUACUCGUAUCUAAACUCGACGAAGUUCCAUCCGAUUUGGCCUUUACUCGAUCAAGCUCGACUUACUACAACGUACGGUGACCAAGGCCUGUACUUGUACGGGCAGGGUCAAGCUGGGUUCUCGGCUCAUUUUCCAGAGGGAAGGGAAGAAUUGCUAUUAGGCGCACCCGGUAUUUAUAAUUGGGCGGGUUCGCCUUUCAGAGUAUCCGAUGAUAAUUACAACGAACCGGACUCCAGCAGACGGAGAAGGGACGUGGAACUGUUCAAAAAAGUCGAGAUCCCCAGCGCCUCCCCAGAAGAUAUUUACUCAUUAUUUGGUUAUUCCGUUACGUCCGGUCAUUAUUACGGACCUUCUACGUUAUAUUACGUUACCGCCAGUCCGAAAGCCGAUCAAUACAAAGGAAAGGUAGUCGUAUUUAUUUUCAACGGUUCGAAUCGUAAGAUCGAAGAAAAGGAGUACAAAAUCGGCGAACAAUUCGGCGAAUAUUUCGGCGGUUCUCUCGUCACCGGGCGAAUAAACGACGACAAAUUCGACGAUCUGCUGGUCGGUUCGCCUUAUUACCCGGGAAAGACCUUCAACGAGGGUAAAGUUUACCUUUAUUUGGGAGCAACAGACAAAUUAAUCAUGUCGACGGUUCUGACGAACGGCCAGAAAGGGUCCCAAUUCGGAGCCGCCAUCAUGUACUUGGGCGACAUAAACGGAGACGGUUUCGGCGAUGUUGCUGUCGGUGCUCCUUACGAAAACGGCCGCACCGGGUGCGUGUACAUUUUCAAAGGAACCAACGAAGGAUUGCAAACGAAUCCCGUGCAAAAGAUCAUCGGUAAAGACAUAAUGCCCGAUCUACUCGGUUUCGGCAUCACAAUCUCUAAAGCCGUCGAUAUGGAUUACAACGGAUAUAAAGAUAUAUCGAUCGGGGCGCACCUGUCCGACAGCGUGGUGUUCCUGAGGAGCAGGCCGUUGGUGGUGAUCCGCUACAUAUUCAACACGGUGCCGGAGAUUCUGUCGCAAGACGCUCGAUCGUUCGUCGUGAAUAUUUGCUUCUCGUAUCGCGGGUUUCGCGGCGAUUCAGUAGCCCUAACGUACGCUUUGACGAUGGAGCAACUGCUCGGCAGGGCGAACAUCGGCGGUAACAUCACCGAAACGCGAAACAUCACGAUUCGACAGCAAUCGACUCAUUGCCGCGAGAUCAACGUUACGAUAAAAGAGACGCCUAAGCCGGGUGUCAAAACCAUCCCGCUCAAAGCUUCGGUUACUUACGCCUUAAAUUACCCCGUCGGCGAGAAAUCCGUAACGGUAGUUUCCGACAGAUCUCGGGGCGUCGAUAAAUUGUGCGUCAGAUGUCCUGUGUUAGACGAAUACAGAUCCAACAUAACGUUUUACGAAACCGAAAUACCGUUCAGUUUAGAUUGCGGAUCGGACAACGAGUGCCAAUCGUUCCUCACCGUCGAUUUGCAGUUUCCGGAUUUGAGCGAUAACGUUUUCGUUGUGGGUUCGACGAACUAUUUAAAACUGAAAGCGAUCGUGGUGAACACCGACGAGAACGCCUAUUCGACGAGAUUGUUCCUGGAAUUGCCCAAAUCCAUUUUUUUCACGGAGAGCAACACCGACAACGCCUCGCUGAAGGUGCAAGACGUCGCGAAUCCGCUCAAGACGAACGAAACGAAAGUAAUCGACUUGGAAUUGGACGUGAGAAACGCCAACAAAGACUUCGACAGCGACCGUUUCGAUAUAUUCGCGAAAGUCAUCACGUCCAGCAACAAUUCGAACGAAGACUCCGUCGUAACUACGCUGACAUUAAAACGAGAAGCUGAUAUAACGAUUUACGGAACCACCCAGCAAGAGAGCAACUUCUACGGCAACAGUUCGUACAACACGUCCAGCCUCCAGCACACGUUCAAAAUCGAAAAAUACGGCGUGAGCCCUUUGGAGAGAUUGCUGGUCGAGAUCCGAGUGCCGUUCGAGUACGAAAACCGAGCGUUUCUGAGCGCCUCCGACGUGGAGACCUACUUCGGCGGGCAGCCGUUCCCCUGCGACGUCGUCGGCGUCGUCCUGUCGAAACCGGCGGCCGCCGUCGACGUGGGCGAGGCCAGCCGGAGGCGUCGCGACGUCGAAGAGUUCUCGAACGGCACGGGCGACGGCCGAAACGCCGAGAUCAGAAUCAACGACGAGGAGGUGGCGAUCUCGAACGGGACGUUGUAUUUGAACUGCAGCAAUCCGAGCGUAAAGUGCUUCGAUGUUAGGUGCAUCUUCGGGCCGUACGAUAAAGAAAAUACGCCGGCUUCGGUGCAAAUCGAUAUGCUGGUGAACACUACGAUGAUAGCAGACAUGGCUAAAAAGUUGGACAUGGUGCUCAUAUCCUCUUACGGGAAAGUUUUCAUCGAAUCGCCUAAAAAUUUCGAACAAAGCGGAAACCGCGCAGAUUCUGUCACUAUAUCCUCGGUGUUUAUAAAUGAUAUCAUGAAGCACGAACCAAUCGCCUUGUGGAUUAUAAUCCUAGCAGCCAUUAUAGGAUUGCUCCUACUGUUGUUACUGAUACUCAUCUGCAUAAAGAUCGGAUUCUUCAAGAGAUCGAAGAAAGAGGAAUUGGAACAUUUAAAAGCAGCUGUAAGUAUUCGCGAAAGUUUCGUUAAAUCAAAUGUACCCCAAGCGAUCGAAAUCGCCGGCGAUACCGGUCAAUUUGUCGACGAUGUACCGUUCGCUUUUCCUCUCCAUGAGGAACAUCUUCUCGCGCUCGCCCUCCUCCAUGUGGCCCGUCCAAUCGGGUAUUUCGUCCGGAUCGGCCGCGAACAGCGGCACCGCGAUCAGGCACAUCAUCAGGCCGUAUUUCGAGAAUUUCCGCAUGUGUUCGGCGAAAGUGGCCGAGGCGAAGACGGCCGGAUCGACGCCCGACGACGCCAGGCGUUCGACGAAGCUCGAGUGGUAGGCGUCGAGGAGGGCCGGGUAGUGGGCGUCGCGCAGCGCCUUUUCGGUGCAGGCGAAUAUGAAGUAGGAGACGUCGACGGCGGGCGAGGCGCACCUGCUCAAUUGCCAAUCGAGCAGGCACACUGCGGACGGGCGCGAUUUGUCUUCCUCGUAUUUGAAUAA